UUUAGCUUCUUCCAUCGCAGGGUUGGACACUAGUGGUGUGGCCGAACUCUCGCCGCAGUACUCAGAGCUGUACAUAUACUCCACCCCACACGUCAUGCAUCCUGCUGCUGCUGCUACUGCUCCUCACACGCUCAGAUGAACGACUCUCGAAACCCGCGCGCCAUGGAUGCUGAGCCGUCUCGCACCGCGCUCCAGUCCCACGUAGCGUUCUUCGAUCCAGACUCUGAUGGGAUCAUCUGGCCUUUGGACACCUACCGCGGUUUCAGACAGAUAGGAAGCGGGAUUUUGUUCUCUGCUCUGUGUAUGGUGGUAAUCCACUCUGGUUUCUCUUGGCUCACGUCCAGGUUCCCGGACCCUCUUUUCCGUAUUCCCAUCUCGAACAUCCACAAGGCUAUCCACGGCUCCGACACCGGGUCCUAUACGCAGACCGGAGACUUGGAUUUGCACCGCUUCGACACGGUGUGGGAGCACAACACUCAGCCCCCGCACACACACAUGUCGUUCAGCGAAGGCGUGCGCAUGGUCCGGGGGGACCGCAACCCCUUCGAUGUCGUGCGUGCCACUCGUCCAUAAUGCUUUCGGAUCGACUUCGCCUGAUGUUCGCCCCCCAGUUCGGAUGGCUCGCGGCUGCGUU